GUUUGUUUUCCAAUAUGGCCGCCUUCGAGCAGAUGGAUGCCAAUCAGGAUGGCGUGAUCUCCCGGGAGGAGUUUAUGUUCGGCAUGAUGGACCGCAAUCAUGACGGGCAAAUCUCGCGGGAAGAGUUCAUGUCGGCCAUGGGCGGCGCCCCCGCCUCUGCAGGAACAGUCCCCGGAGCCGUUACCUACGGUGCUCCCGUGACGACGUACGGCGGGCCGCCUCAAGAGCCCAUGGGCUAUGGCGCGCCCACCUACAUGGCUCAGCCCACCACUUACGCCGCGCCCCCCACCAUGUACGGCGCACCCCCCAUGGGCGGGGCCACCUACGCCGCGCCCGGGAGCAUGACCUAUACCAUGCCCGGGACCAUGCAGGGCACCAUGCCGGGUACGAUGCCGGGCAUGCAGAUGCAGGGCGCACCGGUAACCUACGCCGCUCCCCAGCAGAUGGCUCCGGUGACCUACGCUGACCCGCAGAGCAUGCAGAUGGGCCCACCCCAGAUCAUGCAGAUGGGCCCACCCCAGAGCAUGCAGAUGGGUCCACCCCAAAGCAUGCAGAUGGGCGCACCCCAGGGCAUGCAGAUGGGCGCACCCCAGAGCAUGCAAAUGGGCCCACCAGCGACCUAUGCUGCCCCGGCUCAACCCUACGCAGUUCAGAGCACAACUGGGCCGGUGCCUAGCGGCACGGGGCUGUCCAUCUCCGCUACCACCCCGCAGCCGGUGCAGACAAUGAUCUACGGUGCGCCCGGGGAGCCGGUGCAGACCACCAUGGAGCCCCAAGCCACGGAGGCGGUGACCACCCAGGGCCCCAUCUCCACCCAGACCUACGCGCCGCAGCCCAGGAGCUCGCCCAUGCAGACCAUCAUGGGGCCGGUUACCCAGGUCAAGAUCCCAGUGGAGAGUGUGAAGGACACAAGCAAGGCGACUAUGACGCAGUGGGGCCCGCAGUACCAGGCCACCCAGGAAUCCGGUGAGCCGCAGUACAUCGCGGGCAUGGGCAGCGAGGUGAACGCCGCUCCGCAGGUCAUGACGCAGCGCCAGGAGCAGGUGGUGCCUGGCCAAGUGAAGCAAAAGAUCAUGGAAAUCCCCACCGUGCAAGAGAUCGUGGAGGAGCAGGAGGUGCCCGAGGUGCAGUAUGUGAACCGCGUGGUCGAGGUGCCCCAGAUCAUGGAGCAGCACGUGGAGCAGAUCGUGGAGCAGGUGGUCCAUGUGCCACAGAUCCACCAGCAGAAGCGCACUCAGCAGCGCCACGUUGAGCAGUUCGUGGAUGUGCCAGUUCCGGAGUUUGUGGAGGAGGUUGUCCAUGUGCCGGUGACCAUGACUCACACGCGCACCCACCACCAGCACGUUGAGCACCAGGUCGAGGUUCCGGUGCCCAUGACGCAGGAGCAGGUGGUGCAUGUGCCCAAGGCACGAUUUUCCCGUGGCCGCAGCCUGCCCGUGAAGCAGCGGCUAAAGUGCCGCGCUAUGGGCCGGGCCCGCAGCGGGUACCCGCUGGAGGUGCUGGACGAGUCCGAGGCGCCGCGCUUGGUGGGGCGCCGCUUCCAGAUUCUUCGGAAGUUGGGCAGCGGGUCUUACAGCGUGGUACGCCUCGCCUUCGACCAGACCACUAAGCAGCUGGUGGCGGUGAAGUUCGAGUGGCAGAAAGCUGAAAAGACCGACAAGCUCCUGAAAGAGGCCGAGCUGUGUGAGACCUUUGGCACUAGCAGCCCCUACACGCCCACUGUGCUGUGGUCGGGCAUCAAAGGUGAGUACAACAUUAUGGCGAUGGACUUGCUUGGCCCGUCGCUGGAGGAUAUUUUCAUGAAGAAGUGCCACAGGAGAUUCAGCUUGAAGUCUGUCCUCAUGAUCGCUGAGCAGAUGAUCGACUGCAUGGAGUUCGUCCAUUCUCACGGGAUCAUCCAUCGGGACAUCAAGCCCAGCAACUUCGUGGUGGGCAGCAAGGGCCAGCAGGACAAGAUCUACGUCGUGGAUUUCGGCCUGGCCAAGCGCUACCAGGACCGGAAAGGCAAGCACAUUGCCUUUGCGCAGAAGAGCGGCAUGACGGGAACUGCGAGAUACACCACGGUGAACCUCCACCGGGGCUUCGAGCCCAGCCGUCGGGAUGACUUGGGCUCCAUCGGCUACGUGCUGAUGUACUUCCUGGUCGGCCGGCUGCCGUGGCAAGGAAUCAAUCACCCGGACAGGAAGAAGAGGAAGCAGAAAAUCGGGCAGAAGAAAAUGCUGACGCCCCACGAGAAGUUGUGCAAGGGAUUUCCCAAAGAAUUCAUUCAGUACCUGGAGUACUGUGACUCUUUGGGCUUCGAGGAGAAGCCCAACUACGACCACCUCCGGGGCUUGAUGCGGAGAGCCGGUGCAAGGCAUCAGCUGGACUUCGAUGGACAGUUCGACUGGGUCAAUCGCAAGCGCAAAUCCUGCAAGUUGGAAGAGGAGACCUCUACCGAGUACGAGACGGAGUAUUCCAGCUACGAUUCGACCUACGAGUCCUACGUGAUGAUGCAGGACCGGGUGCAGCACCAGCAGGUGGAGCAGGUGGUGGAGGUCCCGGUGCCCAUGCAGCAGGAGGAGGUGGUGCACGUGCCCAAGAUCUUUACCCAGACCCGCUCCCGGCAGCAGCAGGUGGUGCAGGAGGUGGAAGUGCCGGUGCCGAUGAUGCAGGAAGAGGUGGUGCACGUUCCCAAGAUUAUGACGGCCACCAGGAUUCAGCACCAACACGUGGAGGAGGUCGUGGAGGUGCCAGUGCACAUUCAGCAAGAGGAGGUGAUCCAUGUGCCCAAGGUGAUGGCGCAGGGCCCGGGUGCGGGAGGACCAUGCGGCGGAACCUAUGGAGCUCCCCCCAUGUCCUCGAUCACUGGGCAGCCGGCCGGCCAGAACAUGAUGCGCGCUGGCGCCGCGAUGCCACAAACCACGCAGCCAGGGGCCGGCCGCAUCCAUCAGACCGUGGAGCAGACCGUGGAAGUGCCGGUGCCGAUGACCGAGGAGGUCAUGGUGCACGUGCCCAAGGUGGUGACCCAUCAGCGGGUGCAGCACCAGCACGUGGAGCAGACCGUGGAGAUCCCCGUGCCGCAGGUCCAGGAGGAGGUGGUGCACAUCCCGAAGGUGCAAACCCAGGAGCGAGUCAUCCACCAGCAUGUGGAGCAGGUCCGCGAGGUGCCGGUGCCUAUGGUGCAGGAGUCGGUGGUCCACGUACCCAAGGUGAUCACGCAAGAGCGCAUGCACCACUUCCAUGUGGAGGAGCUGGUGGACAUCCCAGUGGAGCAGCCCGUUGAGACGCAGGUGCACGUGCCCGUGGUGAGCAAGGUGGAGCGAAUCGUGCACAACCCGGUGGAUCUGGUGGUUGAGGUGCCCCGCCCCAUCGUCGUGGAGAAGUCCAUCCAGGUGCCCAUGAUCCAGAUCGAGGAGAAGACCGUCAAGGUUCCGAAGGUGAUGAACACCGUGGUGGACACCGUGGUGCAGCAUCAGGUGGAGAACAUCCAUGUGGUGAAGCCCACCGUGGUGCACAAGGUUGUCCAGCGCAAGAGACCGGUGAUGAUGGAGCGUGUGCAGCACGUGCCCAAGAUCAUGGUGCAGCACAUCCCAGUGCAGAAGGUCGUCGAGAAGCAGGUGCACAUCCCGCAGGUUCAGUACUUCGACGAGUUUGUGGAUGUGCCGAUGGUCCGCCACAGGCAAAUUCCGAUGCAGGUGAGGAAGGAGCGCCAGGUCGAGGUGCCACACGUUGAGUACGUGGACCACCACAUUGAAGUGCCGGUGCAGAAGCACGUGCACAUCCCCUUGGUGCAGACGGUGCAUAAGCAGGUGGAGGUGCCUCAGGUGCAGUACAACAACCAAAUUGUCCAUGUGCCUGUGCAGAAGCAGGUGCACGUGCCCAUGAUCCAAAAGGUCCAGAAGACGGUGGAGGUGCCACAGGUGCAAUACGAGGAUCAGAUUGUCCACGUGCCUGUCCAGAAGCAGGUGCAUGUGCCGAUGGUGCAGACCGUGCAGAAGCAUGUGGAGGUGCCACAAAUGCAGUACGAAGACCAGGUGGUCCAGGUGCCAGUGCAGAAGCAGGUGCAGGUGCCGAUGAUCCAGAAGGUUCAGAAGACCGUGGAGGUGCCGCAGAUGCAGUAUGGGGACCAGCUCGUCAAUGUGCCUGGUCAGCAGGGCCUGAGCACCUACGGCGCGCCAGGGGGUGUUGGUCAGCAGGGCCUGAGCACCUACGGCGCGCCAGGGGGUGUUGGCGCACCGAUGGGUGGAGCCCCUGAGAUCGUCCAAGUGCCGGUGCAGAAGCACGUGCACGUGCCCAUGGUCCAUCAGGUGGAGAGGAGAGCGUGGAGGUGCCGCAGAUCCAGUACGAGGAUCAGGUGGUGCAAGUGCCGGUGCAAAAGCACGUGCACGUGCCGAUGGUGCACACGGUGCAGAAGACGGUGGAAGUGCCGCAAGUGCAGUUUGUUGACUCCGUGGUGCAUGUGCCCGUGGACAAGCAGGUGCACGUGCCCAUGGUGCAAACAGUCGAGAAGACCGUGGAGGUGCCGCAGGUGGAGUAUGUCGACAGCCACGUCCACAUCCCCAUCCAGAAGCAGCGGCAUGUGCCGGUGCAGGUGCCCGUGGAGAGACCCAUUGAGGUCAACGUUAUCGAGACCCUCGAGAAGGUCAUCGACGUGCCGGUGGUGA